AUGGAAAGUGGCGAGUUUUCCGGUUCAUCCGCGCUGUCCGACGGCCUUGACACACCAGAAUUCUCUGCUCUCUUCGAAGCCCACCGGAAGCCCUUCGUAUUCAAGAUCUUCGACGUGCACGAGUCUGAGGCGCCGGAGGAACCCGAGGAGCCAGAGGAGGCCCAUGAGCAAGACGAGGGCGAUGAGGCUGAUGAGUCCGAUGAGACCCCCGAGCCCCACAGUCCCUAUGAGCCCCACCAGCCCUGUGAGCCCCACGAGCCCUAUGAGCCCUACGAGCCCUGUGAGCCCUACGAGCCCUAUGAGCCCCACCAGCCCUGUGAGCCCCACCAGCCCUAUGAGCCGCAUGAGCCGCAUGCUCCCUGUGCAGCCCAGGAGCCCCACAAACCCUACGAGCCCCAUGCGCCCCGCGAGCUCCGCAAGCUCCACAAGCCCCGAAAGCCCCGCCAAGCCGACCUUCCCAGCACCGCCGUGGUGUUCUCCCCAUCUCUGGUGACCAGAUUCCCGCCACGGAUUCCGCUGCCUUCCCUGAGCGAUCCUGGUCCCCGUGUCUUUGUAAGGAAAAGUUUUUUUUCUAGGAAGAGAAUCCAAGAUCUUUCUAGGCCUAAAAAACAAUGGGGAGCCCCAGAUAGGAAACUGUUUUGGGGGAAUCAAGAUCCUAUUCGCCCUAUUUCCCAGGGUGCUCUGAAGGCUCAGCUGACCAGAAGACUCGAGGACCUUGCCCAGCCGAAGGAAGUCUCCCACCGAUAUGUCCCUAACAGGGCUCAAUAUUACCUCAGCUGCGGUAGAGACUCUGUAAUCUGGCCGAUCCCUCCUGCUGCCCUGUUUAGCCAACCCUCCAAAAGGAUCCAGAAGCUGGCACAGCCCAAAAGAUUCAAGAAAGAGUAUCUAGUGAAUAGGCCCUUCAGUGAUUCCUUCACAAGAGAGUCUCCUCGAGUCUCUGAUCCUUCUCCCCGGAUAUUGCGACUCUCAAUAGCCAAAAGCACAAAUCCAAACUAUGUUCCUCCAAAAAUCAUUGAAACCAGGAUUUCAAUUUCUACCCUGACUGCUGUCGCAACUCCAAGAAUUGUAGACCUUGCCCAUCCAAGGAUCAAGUUAGAGGGUCUAUGCUAUGAGAGAGAAAGAAGUGAAAUGCCCAUCCGUCCUGUAUCCCACGCUGCCUUGCUAGCCACACCAAGCCCUCGAAUAGAAGCUCUAGCUAAAGCCAAGCCUCUUCAUCAAGAUUAUUUACCUGCCCGUGAUGCCUACUGGCCGGUGUCUUAUGCUGCUCUCCAUUCCAAAGCGUCUCCAAGAAUUCAAGAACUAGCUAAUCCAAGUACAAGGGCUCCUGUGCGUAUUGUAUAUUAUGAUCCAGAUGUCUUUAAAGUCAAGCCAGCUGCUUUGAAAACGCAAUGUUCUCCGAGGAUCCAGGAGUUGGCAGAACCUAUUAUGCGUUAA